AUGCUUUCCAGUCACCAAACAUCCAAGAAUGACAGACGUGUACAAGGUUGAACAUAAUCACUAGAACCAGCGGCUCCACGAUAGUUUCUCAAUAGAGUUUAACCGCCUCCACCUCCAAAAAGUAGAGAAAGCACAGGCAAUACUAACAUUUCUUGCGUCCAGUGAAAUACUUAGCAGCAUACUUGUUAUUAGUCAACGCCGGUAAAUCAACCCCCUCAGCCGAAGACGUCAAAGCCGUCCUCUCAGCCGCUGACGUUGAGAUCGAAGACGACAAAGUUGAGAAAUUGAUCUCGGAAUUGGACGGCAAAUCCAUCGAGGAGUUGAUUGCUGAAGGUAACGAGAAAUUGUCCAGUGUCCCAACUGGUGGUGCCGCUGCUGCUGCUGGUGGAGCUGCUGCUGCUGGUGGUGCUGCUGCUGAAGAAGCUGCUGAAGAAGUUGCUGAAGAAGCUGCCGAGGAAUCUGACGACGAUAUGGGAUUCGGUUUGUUUGAUUAA